AUGAUAUUGAGCAGUCUGAGCACCGUGACGCUCGAAGACGUGAGGGCCGCGGUACCGGGCUGCCUUCUCUGGCAGCAGACGUACAUUUUUCGCAACCGGUCCCUCACCGAGUCGCUGGUCAAGAGGGCAGCUGCCAGCGGAUUCGCGGCCAUUGUGGUCACCGCGGACUCUCCCGUGCCUGGAGAUGGCGUUUUGCACCAUGCGUACCUUUCACAACUGCCGCAUGGCCUCAGUUUCGCCAAUUUGGUGGCAACAUAUACGGAUCAGGUCAUUGGAUGCAAGCUUCAAGACACGUAUUCGAGCGACAUGGAUUCCCUGGCAUCGGCCACGUUCAGCGACAUCGAAUGGCUAUGCGGGCUCUCGAAGCUGCCCGUAGUCGUCAAGGGCGUCCUUACUGUCGAAGCGGCGCUGCAAGCACACCGUCACGGCGCAGCGGCCGUCAUCGUGUCCAACCACGGAGGCCGCCAGCUGGAUGGAACCCCGGCCACGAUUGACGUCCUGCCUGAGAUCGUCGCCGCUGUUGGUGAUAAGAUGGAAGUGUACUUGGACGGCGGAGUGCGGACAGGUGCGGACGUGGUCAAGGCACUCGCGCUUGGAGCUAAGGCAGUGUUCGUGGGACGACCUGUACUCUGGGGACUCGCAUACGACGGCAGGCCAGGUGUCGACAAGGUGUUGCACAUGUUGAGAGAGGAACUUCAACACACUAUGCGUCUCCUCGGUUGUUCGGACAUUAAAGACCUGUGCGAAGAAUUUCUCAUCACAAGGAAUCCCUGCUCGAUUCCACUUCGAUCUACACUGUAGGCGAAGAAGACAUGGUUGCCGGGCCUGCUUAGUGGGGUAGUGAUGUAUACGCUGUAAAUUUGAGAGCCAUUGGAACGAGAUGACCCGGAUGUGCUGCUUUCUUCAUUAGGGGAUGUUAAUAGUUGCCGCGACGAACGACUGUCAUUUUCCUGUCACAUUGUUUCUGUCCCUGACUCGUUAUGCACAAGUGUUGAGGAACUUACAGAAAAACAUAAACUUGCAGAGAUUUCGUACUUUCCAACAUUUGUAAUCGACCAUACCUGAACCUCUUUUCAAGAGAACGUUUACACGAGUUUGUUGGUCAAGGAACGCUCGUAUUAAAUCCUCGUUUGUUUUAGUACGAGUGUAAACGGAAUAACGACAUCGUACGAAAGCUGAGUUUCUUGAACAAUGGACGCUUGACGUAGAGUAGCAUGGUUCGGUGGCCGAAACGUCUUUACUGCAGCGACCAGUUCGAAGCUCACUGAACGGAAAUAUUCUUGAUGUGUAUAUUCCUGGGAUAAUAAUUUAUGUGAACUCGAGAAGAGAGCGAUGUUUUCCUGUAGAAAAAUGGAAAUCACAGUAAGGAUAUACAUAUAAAUUUGUAUUUGUGG